ACUCCGGAAAAUCUUUCUUUAUUUUUUGCUUUAUUCAAUUUUAAAUGAAAGAAAACAUUAGAUUUAAAUAGUUCAUUCAAAAUGCUGGUAUAUUACUGGCUUUGUUUUUUCAUCGCAAGUCUGCUCAGAAGCCAGAAAGUUUUUGCAGAAAGUUUGAGAUGUCCCGCUAUAAAAUCGUCUGCUCGCUCAUUCUCCUUGCGACCGUCGUACAAGCAGGUCAUAACUUCCCACCACCUUUCUGCUUUGGCCCACCAAUCGCCAACUCGGACAGUUCAUCAGAUUCCGGCAGCAGCAGCAGCUCAAACAGCGACUCAUCCUCUUCUUCAUUAUCUAGCUCUUCGUCAGAAAGCUGCAGAUGUGGACCCCCCUCGUCCAGAAGCUGCAGCUCAUCCUAUUCUUCUGAUUCUUCUUCCUCGUCCAGAAGCUUCAGUUCAUCCUACUCUUCAGAUUCUUCCUCCUCGUCCAGAAGCUGCAGCUCAACCUCUUCUUCAGAUUCUUCCUCUUCGUCAGACUCUUCCUCAAAAGGUUGCAUCGCCGACUGGAGCUACUUGCUCUGCAGACAAAGACUCAACAGCGAUUCAUCCGAUUCUCCACCGUCUAUUUCUUGCCGGUGUUUCCGAUGCAGAGACUCGGCAUCAAGCUCUUCAUCAAGCAGUUCAUCGUCAGAAAGCAAUUCCUCAAGCGACUCGUCUGAAAAUUCGUCUUCCUCGUCGUGAAGACGUCAGAAGUUUUGGAACAUCGCCAACGUUGGCAAAAAGUGCAUUUUUCCUGACGAAUAUCCAGGUUGACUUGAGAAAAAGCCAACCCUACAUCACCAAAUAUCCUAUCAUCAAAUCACACCGCACCAUGAUCUUCAUCCUGCUGCUUGAGUGCUAUUUUGUCAUCGCAAUUAAUCUCUGCACUGAUAUGAGUUAAAAAAAAUAUGUAAGGAAUUCCACACAAAUAUUUUGUUUUAUUUAAUUUUUUAAACAAUUUUCUUUGUCUAAUUAUCUUGAAAAAAUAAAAUUAUUAUAAAU